AUGUUGUCGUCAAAGAGUCCGGACAUAUGCUGUCAGCCGUCGUUCAAUGGGUACCGGAAGCCGAAGCGGAUCCGCACGGCUUUCAGUCCGGGACAGCUGUUAAGGUUGGAGGAGAUCUUUGAGCGCAACCGAUAUGUCGUCGGCUGUGAGCGGAAACAAUUGGCCAGAGAUCUGAACUUAAGUGAGACUCAAAUCAAAGUGUGGUUUCAAAACCGGCGGACAAAACACAAGCGCGAAAAGCAUCAGCAAAACGGUUCGGGCAAACGCUCGUCCACUGUCUCGGCCCUCAUUCACGGCUAUUCACCCAAUGGUCUGUCCCUUAAUGGCGGCCAAUAUAGCGAUAAUGAUGUCGACGAUGACGACGAGGAAGACUUUGUUCAUUAG